CCGAAUAAAAUGUUCAUCUGCUAGUACGGUGAACUGUAGCUGCAUUAAAAAGUUUAUUCAUUCGUUCGUGACAGGAUGAUCGAAAAUUUAUUAAAAUAGAGAAAAUUAUAUUUUCGACAUUGCCUGAGCCUGAGGAUGAGUCGCGAUUACUUAUACAUAUCACAGCUUGAAAAUUGUAGCCUCUUGCGCAUGACACCCGUAGAUCCGUAUGUGUAUGGCCGACGGCGUAAAUAGAGAUCAUAUGAUUGUUUAAGGAAACUAUCCGAUCAGAUCUCACCGAUUCACUCAGCAAGAAUGAGGAAGAUGCUGUUGCCAAACGAGCGCGAUCAUAUCUGAAAAAAGUCGAGCAGCAAUUAUAUUGCGCUUUGCGUUUCCACAAGCGGAUGUACAACAAUAUCACAUGAACCAGCAAUUUGUUGUCAUCUGUAUCUCGUCUUUCGGCAGUAGACGUAACUCUCUGAUGCAUCAUGGCGAGCAAGGCCGAAAACAUUACUUGCGGUGGCUUUGUGUUUCUCAACAACUUUGACUCAGCAAAUUUAGCCAAAGUGGAACCAGUGAAGAUUCCGGAAAACUUCGAAAAAGAUGUCUACGAGAUUGAAGGCAAAACAACCAACAAUUUAAAUUCCAAAGACACGUUGGAUUAUGAAUUCAACUUAUGGACAAAACACGAUUGUCACGGUACACAAUUCCAAAAUAAUAAUAGGACGUGGUUUUAUUUCGGUGUCAAGUCUAAUCAUUUGAGCGUCUCAGUCAGAUUUAAUAUAGUCAAUUUGAACAAGCAAGUCAAGAUGUUCAGCCAAGGGAUGUGUCCAGUCUUUAAGAUUGUACCAGGACACUUGCACUGGGAACGGAUUCGCGAGAGACCUACAUAUACUGUUGAUCAAAAAGGAAACGACUUUACUUUAUCGUUCCUCUAUUAUACUCCAGAAAAUUCAAAAGCCAUUACUUAUUUUGCUUUUACUUAUCCAUUUUCAUAUACAGACUUACAAAGUUAUUUGAGAAAAAUUGAUAUGAGAAUGGAAAAAAGAAGUGUAAUAUAUACAGAUGACAUCUAUUAUCAUAGAGAAUGUGCAAUAAAAUCUUUGGAGGAUCGUAGAUUAGAUAUAUUAACAAUAAGUUCUUAUCAUAACAUAUCAACGGAGAGAGAAGAUAGACUGAGUAAUAUGUUUCCGGAGAAAAGUGAGGAGAGGCCUUACAAAUUUCGAGACAAGAAGGUAAUUUUUAUUAGCGCCAGAGUCCAUCCAGGUGAAACACCAUCUAGCUUUGUACUGAACGGUUUCCUCAAUUUUUUACUGAAUCGGGAAGAUCAUAUUGCUAUAAAUUUACGUCGCCUAUAUGUGUUCAAAUUGAUACCGAUGCUCAAUCCAGAUGGUGUUGCUAAAGGUCAUUAUCGAAUGGACACUAAAGGAGUAAAUCUGAAUAGAGUUUAUCUAAGCCCUUCUGAAAUAGAGCAUCCCACAAUAUAUGCUGCAAGAAACUUAAUAAAAUAUUAUCACAAUUCUUAUCAACUACCGAGCGAACUAACUGAUCUAUCGAACAUAAAUUUAGAAAUUGUGAACAGUAAUGUAAGCAUUAUAAAUUCAACUGCACCAAUAGCAAACGCUGUACGUGACACAACUACAAGACUGUUGCAACAAGUAACAUUUAUGUCAUUAGAUGAAAAAAACAGAUGUGCUUUGGAUACUAACGAGAAACAUUUAUCAAUGUUAGAACAUUUGGACACCACAGUUAUUGAUGAAAGUGAGAGUUUAUCUAAAGAAAAAAGUAGUAAAAGUGAUAACACUACAGAAAUUAAAACAAGUGGCAAACUAACAUGUACAACCGUCGAUAUGGACGAAAUAUCAAAAUCUUCAGAUAAUUCUGGAUUAUAUUUGUAUAUUGAUCUUCAUGGUCAUGCUUCAAAGAAAGGCGUUUUCAUGUAUGGAAAUCAUUUUACUGAUCCAGAAGAUACUAUCGCAUGCAUGCUACUACCCAAGUUGAUGUCUCUUAAUAAUCCACACUUUCAUUUCACGUCGUGCAAUUUCGCGGAACGAAACAUGUAUAUCAUAGACAAACGAGAUGGUAUGUCCAGAGAAGGUUCGGGGCGUGUAGCAGUGUAUAAGAUGACUGGUCUAAUACAUAGCUAUACUUUAGAAUGUAAUUAUAACUCUGGUCGUUUGGUGAAUACAAUACCUGGCAGAAUUCGCGAUGGGGUGAAUAAAAUGAAUCAUGUAUUUGUUCCUCCGAAAUAUACGCCGACAGUGUUUGAAGCGGUUGGAGCAGCAUUAGGUCCUUCCAUUCUCGAUCUUACUGGGAACAAUCCCAACAGCCGAUUGCCAAAUAGCCAAUAUCGCUCUUUAAAAGGAAUAAAAUCUCAUUUGAAACUAACAUACGUGAGCAAUCUUUCUGCAUCGCCCAGCAAAGCAAUGCGUAAGGAUAACGAAGGUACCAUUGGGCGGAACAGCAGCAUCCUGAAGGAAUUGGAAACGAGACUGAAUGACGCGAUGACGGGAGCGAGGAAUGCUAUAAGGAGCGAGGGCAACUUGGUGAAGAAGUGCAUCCUUCGCCGCGGUUCCUCUUUUUACACGGCAGUGAAGAGGAUCAAGAGUAGUAAGAAACCUCGGCAGACUUUCACGCGUCGUGCGUUGAAGAAUCACUGCGCCAACAAUGUAGAGAACAGCGCGAUAAUUUGCGCAAUCAAAUCCGAAGUAGAGACAAAGCCGUUCCUGAAGGCGAUUGAUCGCUUUCGGUCGAGCAAAUCUAACAUCGCGUCAACAAUCAAGGACACUCUCGAACCGCGUUUAAACUCCGCGAAUAAAAAACUAAUGACGAACAGCUCGGCGAAGAUGCGCGUGCCUUCCGAGGAAACAGCAGUGGUGAGACAGGGCGCAAAGAGACUGAAAGUCGUCUCAUCUACAAGAACAUCCAAGCUUCUUCCCGAGAUCGGGGAACCGUCUUGCGCCGCAGAGGAGGCCAGUGCGAAGCGAUCCCCAAAGGUACCGCAUACUUGCGAUAAAAGGCAGAGCAUUAAAGGAACGCGCGAUACAGCCAAGAUUGCUACACGUAAAAACCGAACAGUCUUCCAACCUGAAAGAAAUAAAUAAGACUGCCGUUAAGAAAAGUUUUGUAGGAGAGCACAAAACAAAAUUUAAAUGAGCUCAUUAGAAUAUGAAAAACAAAUUCUAAAAAAAAAAAA